AUGACCACCAGCUUAACAGACGCACGUUUCACCUCUAUUCACUUCACCUCACCUCAUCUUCGUUCUCUCUUCUUCGACCCAGAUCCAGAAACAGGAUGGGCGGUCAUGCCAGGGUACGACGAACCUCUUCCUAUUCCCCCACAUCUUGAACCUCCACGAUUAGACGCAGAUGAGACGUUACCUUCUGCACUUCAUCCGAGUUAUCCUUUUGGUCGUCCUGUCAGCGUGUCGAAACCUACACGACAUGGAGUGGGGAAUUUACUGGAUACUGUAAAGGAGAAGGGAGAAAAGUUAGGGGUGAGUAUGGUACAGACUGGACUUGGAAGGGAGAAGUGGGAUGAGCUGGGAUUGGAUGAGGUUGUUGAGAGUCAGGUCAGGAAGGAAGUUCCGCCUGGAAUGGCUUGA